AUGAGAGAGCUCACAAUUAAAAGUUUUCAGCCCGCGUCGACGUCCCCGCCGUCCACCACGACGGCGGCCUCCUUGGAGGUGUCCAGCCCGUCCCCAGAGCAGCUGGUGGCGAGGAUACGCGCUCUGGUGCGCGCACUGCGGGACGCCGACCAGCUCCUCAAGGCCCUGCAGACGUUCCGCGAGCAGCAGCAGCUCGACGACGAGGCGGUGCUGCGCAUCAUGAAGGAGGACGCCAACCGCACGCUGGUGCAGCAGGUCGAGCAGGCGCAGCGCGCGUUCGGCGGCGCCAUGACCCCCGAGGUGGCGGCCAUGAUGGCCAACAUCACCGCCUGGGCGCCGAGCAAGCACCUCUCCGCCAAGGUGCCGUACUCCGCCUACGGGAAGAAGAGCGCCAAGUUCGCGCAGGGCCAGGGCCCGUCGUUACCCGACGUGAAGGCAGCCCCCGCCGUCGGCAAGCCUCGCAGCGGUGUCGCGGCGGCAGCGUCCGUCAAGACCACCGCCAAGCCGAAGGCCGCCAAGCCGACGACGGCAACCAGAACGCCGGCCAAGACGGCCACGCUCACGGCCUCCUCGGUGUUCUCGGCCAGGACGACGACCAACGGCACCGUCAUCACCCGCGUGAAGAAGGACCCGAUCCUUGGCGAGUACAAGGUCGUCAUCAGGGACCUCACCCCGGCGGCGUCCUCGGGCAUCGCGCCGAGGAACGGCAGCGCCGCCAUCAGUGUGGGCGAGGACGGCGGGAAGGACAGCAAGCACGGCACGACCGCGAACGGCACCCCCAACACGGGCCUGUCCCUCUUCGCGCCGGUCAAGUGGCUCCUGCCACCCGUCACCGGCACCCCGCCGUCGAGCGAGCGCGGCCGCUACAAGUUCCAGGACACCCUGGCCGCGCCCAGCUCCACCGCGGCCACGGCCCCCGCGGCCUCCAGCACCACGCCGCCGGCUGCGAACAGGCGCUCCGGCAAGGCGGCGCCGCACAAGUCCCCGCGGGCCAAGCCGCGCGAGGCCGCGCCCAAGGGCAAGGUGGCGAGCACGCCGCGCCCCGUCAACGCCACCACCAACAACACCACCACCACCAACAACAACAACGCCACCAGCAGCAAGCCGGCUGCCAAGAAGAGCUUCCAAAAGAAGGCAGCAGACACGCAGCAGGUGAGGGUGUCCGCCACGCUGCGCACCGCGCCGCCGGCCGAGCGCGAGGAGGCGUCGGCGCGGGAGAAGGCGCCGCUGGAGACGCCGCUGCUGUCGGGCAUCUUCCCGCGCUACGGCCCCGGGGCCACGCUGCCGCAGGUGGAGAUCCCCUUCGUGCCGACGGCCGGCCGCAAGGACCCGCCGGCCGAGGUGCUGCUGCCGCCGCUGCCCGACAAGAACGACGCCGCGCCGAUGACGCCGUCCCCUGUGACGUCUUCCUCCCCGCCAUCGCCGUCCUCGCCGCCAUUGCCGCCAGCCGCACCAGCGGCGCCGGUGGCGUCCGCAUUGCCAUUGACCUGGGCGUCCAGCACGCCGCCAGCGCCGUCAACGACGUCGUCAGCAGCGCCACCGGCACGAGACGACGAGCGGUCCGCGGCGGGCGGCGGCGGCCCCCAGGAGACGGUGCGGCUGGAGGCACCUCUGACGCCGUCCCUGCAGGACGUCCCCGCCAGCUACUUCCUCGGGGAGAGCCCCUGGAUCCCCAUCUUCGUGCCGUCGACGGCGGCGCCAGCUGCCAGCAGCAAGCCCCAGGACACCGCGCCGCCGCCCUCGCGGACCGUCGUCGAGUUCACCAAGCUGAACGUGGUGGAGGCCACCCCGGCGCCCUUCUUGGCGUCCUCGCCGAGCCCCGGCCCUGGCGCGCCGCAGGCCACGCCGCAGGGCCGCGCCGUGCUCAACGACGCCCUGGAGUGGCGGCCCUCCAGGACGUGGCAGUUCGCCGUGCGGCAGGACCGCGUCGACGCCAACCUGCAGGACCUGCAGCAGGACAGCAACCUGCAGGCGCAGCUGCAGCACCUGCGCCAGCUCCAGCUGCAGCUGCAGCCCGACCUGCGGCUGUCCGGCGGGCUGCUGCCGUUGUCCGUGGCCGAGAGCAUGUUCUACAGGGUGCGGCCCGGACAGACUCCCGGCGACCUCCUGGGUGACGCGGCCACUGCCAGCGCGUAUGACGGCAUCCCCGGCGUGCCCGGCAUGGACUACCCGGCCUUCAGCAGGCCGCCCUCCACGAGGUUCACGUGCGCCGACUUCGGCCAGAAGGGCUACUUCGCCGACCCCGCCAGCGGCUGCCAGGCUUUCUACGUGUGCCACGGUGACGGCCGGGGCGAGGCCAUGCUGUGCCCCAACGGCACCAUCUUCAGCCAGGAGGUGCUGGUGUGCGACUGGUGGUUCAACGUGGACUGCAAGUGACUCCUCCAACACGCCACUCCGAAAGUGCAGAGCUUCCCGCUCUGCCGCGCCAUUCCCCCGAAGCUGCAGGACCCUGUCUGUACUGUAGUAUACCGUUGUAAAUACAAUAAAA